CUCAGGAGAACAGUAGAAUCAACUCAGUUCUUCGGACGACACAGCGCCGCAACCACCUGUAAUACCCGCAGUUGCUUUCAGCCGGUUGUCAAGUUUGCUCAUCCCUUUUCGUUUUGAUCCGGUCCCAAAUUGAUUUCGAUUCGGGCUUGUGUUUCAAAUAUAGCAAAGCAUCACAACUGAUCUUAAAAUGGCAAAGAUGACGUCUACCCUCUUGUUCGUCGUGUUGGCGAUCCUUCUUCACUCCAGUUCAGCUGCGAGCAAUAAACCGUCGUUUCGCCAACACCGGCGAUUGUUGAAGACCUACAGCGCGAGCGGAAGACAAGGACCACCGCCUUUCGAAUGCGUCAAAUCCGGUUUCUUCGGCGAUUCGAAAGAUUGCUUCCGUUUCUAUCGCUGCGUCGAUUUCUUCGGCGAAGAGAAGCAAUUUACGCUGUUUGAGUUCAUCUGCGGCGAGGGCACCAUUUUCGACGAGGCCUUGUCCGUCUGUAAUCAUCCGGCUUGGGUUAAUCCAACGCCCCCAUGCUUGGCCACCACGUCAUGGUUGAACGAAGGCGCUACAGCUGGAAAUGGAACUGCUCCGGUAACCGCUGGAACGAGCUCAGAGGCUUCUGUUACGACCGUCCCCUCUGCCGAGAGUAGUAGCACUGCGGCUGGAUUGACACCACCUAUCCCUAGCGUUGAAUCGAGCACAUCCGCAGUUGAAUCAACGUCCGCAUCCGGCCAGGAAACGACUGUUUCAUCCGAGUCGAGCGUAACAGGAUCGAGCACAACGAUGGUCGAAGACAUCCAGACGACACCUACAUCGGCUCCUAUCGUCCAGUCGACUGAAUCCAGCAGUCCUUCCGCUCCACUAGAAGCAUCGACUACCGUCGCAUCGGAGACAUCCAGCGCUACGUCAGCCCCGGAAGUAGCACCGGAGGUGGCCAGUACUACAACCGUCCCAGAAGUGAUUACGGAAUCAUCCAGCGCUCCACCUGUCCAGGAGGUUUCAUCUACCACCGUCCCAUCAACGGCCAGCCCUGAAAUCGCAAUUGAAACGACUUCUGCAUCCGCUCAACCGGAAGCCACCACCACCACAGUUGCGGCCAUCACUAGCGCACCGACUGAAACCAGUUCAGCUUCACCCAUCGUUUCCCCACCGACCACGGACGCUCCGUUCAGACUCACCUGUAACGACGACAAGUUCCAUCGCCAUCCGCUGCGUUGCGAUCUUUACUACAAAUGCGUCUGGACUGAUUUAUCAUUCAGCGUUGACCUAAGGGCUUGCUCACCUGGUUUGCAUUUCGAUGAAGCCUCAGCCACUUGCCGAAUUCCAGGUAGGACAACGCCCUGCGUGUUUGCCACGUUCCCCGUGACUGUAACUACCGAACCUCCAACAACAACAACGACUGAACCUCCAACAACAACAACGACUGAACCUACAACAACAACAGUCACGACGACAGCCGAACCUUCUACCACCACCACAGCAUCUACGACAACAGUAUCUGUUGAAUCUUCUUCUGCUUCAGUUCAGUAUACGUUGGCUGCCGGAAGCCUUUACGAUUGUAAGAAACCUGGACACUAUCCUUACCAAUUGGACUGUGUCCGAUUCUAUCGGUGUUUCGAAGUCGAGCCAACCGUUUUGAAAGGAUUGUUGUACCGUUGCCCAGAAGGAUACGGUUAUUCAGUAGAGACGGAACGAUGCGAGAAACAGGAGACCCUGCCCGUUUGCAAUCGCACCGGCAUCCGCUUGCCGAUGAACUUCCCCGUGCCGCUGAUUCCGCUGGAAGAUACGACCGUCGUCCAGCUGGAGGACUUUGAUAAGUUCUUCAGCAAUCCCAAUUACUUUUACACUCCUCGUCGCAAGUUCAAGCUCCGUCGUUACUGAAUUAGAUGAAUAGAAAGAAACGAUGAGAACCUCUCUGAUCAAACCCAGUGCCUUAAUGUCAAAUUGUUUUUUUUUGGUUUGACAUCACAAGUAUUUGUUUGUUUUUUUAAAAUCAUACUCAUAAAUAGUGGGAUGUCUGUUUGUUUAGCUUUUUUUCCUUCUCUUCCAAUUAGUUUGAGUCGAGAUCUCGGGAUUUUUGCGGGGGGGAGAUACAACGAAUGGGGAAUGUUCCUUGUAUCGUGUAAAAGGUGGCUGAAAUAAAAAAAAAUACAGUGACAAUCACGUCGUUCAAAUUCA